GGACAUACUACUAUGUUUCCUCAAGUAAAGCCACUUUCCCCCAAGGACCUACAGCAUGGUUGGCCAGUCCUCCUGUUGGUGGCCCUGAGCAAAUUGAUGAAAGGCUUGGCUUCAAGACAUCUUUGGUGCUGGCGGAGCCAACCACGGAGAUUCCAUUCCCAGUGUUUCGCUUGCGAGCCCGUGUCAAGCAGCUGUUUUCAUCAGUGAUUGCUUCCAUUGAUACUGACUCGAUUCAGAUCACUACAAAAAAUGACUUCAGAUCAGGCGAGCCGGCUGUGAUUCGUGAUGAUGGGGCAGGGGAGGCGGAUCCCGACAUUUUGACUGCUUUGGCAAUUGCUUCAAAUGCUCCAAAGGAAGAUGUUGGUCUUUGCCGUUCAGUCACCCAAUCAGCACAAAUCCGCUGCGCGGGUUUGAAAGGCAUGUUGCUAGGCUCACCGCGCCUCCAGGGAACGCGUAGGGUUGAAGUGCCGGAAAACAUGCUGAAGUUUGGGGCAUGGCCUUUUGAAGGAGAACAUCUUCAUGUGCUGAACUUCAGCAGGAUCCGCCCCACAACCCUUGGUCGCGACAUAGUCUUGCGAUUGGAAGCCUGUGGUUGUGAUGUCAGUGUUUUCGUAGACGAGCAGCAGCGAUACCUCAAGAAAAUCGGAAACUGCAAGAUGUCUAUGGAAGAUGCUGUUGACUGCUUGCGCUUUGCGCAACAAGCAGCUGAUGAGAAUGAUCAUUCUUCCACACAGACAGGUGGCAUGCGGUUCAUAGGGACCUUCCUGAGGAUGUUGCAAUCAGGUUUCAGCCCACAGCAGCAUCCCCUUCUCGAGGUCAUCCUGCGUCAGAAAGAGAAGGCUUUAGAAAGAGCGAAAGCACAAGUCCACGUGCGCGGCUGCUGGUCUGCUCGUGGUCAUCCGGAGCCUCACGGAGAAGAUGCUUCCCUGGAACUGAAGGGCAACGAAGUUUUCCUCAUGGUCCCAUCUGAUGGAGAGGAGAGUGGGUGGAAAGCCGUGACAGGGAAGGUCAUUGUCAACUACCUGUCCGACAGGGAUCCAUUUGCUUUGAGGCUUGCCAUUGCCAAGGAUUCUCCAGCUUUGCGGGCAAAGUGUGCUCCGGGCGUGCUCUACUUCUCAAUGGUUGGGGAGCCUUUGCAAACCAAUCUGUCUUGGGAUUUCGAUGGGGAUUACUUUCAAAUCGUCACACACGAAAAGCUGGUGGAUUCCUUCAAAGGUGAUACUUCGCCCCUGCCAUUGCCUGAUUUUGAGACUGCAGUUCAACCAGCAGUCCAGAUCAACACCUUGGUUGAUGUUCACGCCCACUUCUUGUCGGAAUACCAGGAGAAGGACCAGAUUGGGCUUUUCCACUGGAAAUGGCAGAAGCUUGCUGGCGCGGGUCCAACUGCCGCAUCUUCUACUAUUGCCCGGAAGGCAGCAGCUGUAUACUGCAAGUCCUUGGAUGUGGAAAAGGGAAAGCCAUGCCCCAAACGCUCAGAAUGGGAUGGUUCACAGACGUGGGACUUCAUGAAUCGAGGAGACGCAAAAACCUGCUCCCCAACAGCUACUGGGCAGUGCUUUCGCCAAGCUGCAGCAGCUCACAAGGAGUUUGUGGCCGCUGCAAAGCCGGCAAGCAGAGGUCUAGAUGCUGAUCUCGAGAAAGCCUGGGCGGAGUUGUCAGAGAAAUUUGGAUCGGACAAGUGUGGAGAGCUAACAGAAAUAGCUUCAGAUGCUAGAGGAAAACUUAUUGCAUGCAUCAAGGAACAGUGCCAAAAAGCAGAGGGCCGCGCUCGCUCCAAGAAUCCCUUUGCAACUUCCAACGAUGACAUUGUGGCAGAACAAUGGCUCACGGAUUUGCGUGCAGCCACACUACAAAGAGCCACAGAGAAAGGUGUGUCGUUGCAUGAGGUUGCCUUGGCAGGAUGGCACCUCAAAUACGUGAGUCAAGAAGUUCACCUACGAGAGAAGGACCCAGACCCAAGCUUCCCGUGGACCUUGUUUGGACGUGAAUUGUUGGAACACAAGGAGCAGCAGCAACCAUGCUUAUCCAGAGAGCUCCGUGGAUCUCACCGCCUCUUGAGAAAGCUCCAGAGAAGUGCAGUGCAGGCAGCAGAGGAUGCAACUAAGGAGGGCAAGUUGCAGGAAGAUCAGGAAGCGAUCGCAGCUAUGAAAUGCAGAAUGAAAUGCCCCCACUGCUCGAAUGCACUGGAGAAGCUUUUGGCCAAGUUGCACCUUGAUGGCAUGCCCCCUGACAUCGUUGAAGCUACCAGGGCCAUCUCCGGAGCAGGAGGGAAAGAACAAGUUGAUUGCCAAAAACUUCGUUUCGCAAAGGGAUGCAUCCCUGAUCUGAUCGAAAAUGGCCCGCAGUCUGGCACAAAGUUGACAGACUUGGUCGAGAGACUUGUCAAGGGCGAGGAGCUGGUAGAAAACCUGGUGCUCACAGCUGUGCGAUUCCAUGGGCAGCUCUAUGUUGUGGAAGGGAAUCGCCGAUUGUGGUGCCUUCAGGAAGCACAACGACGGCUUCAAAAGACGAUCACGGUUUCUGUGACUGUGCCAGACCUGUACCUGGGUUUCAUCCGUCGCCAAGACCAUAGGGAGCCUGCUUUGUCAUACUUCCUGGAGAGAUUUGAUUCGAGUUGCGAAGGCCAGAAUGUGAAGGUCGUUCCCGCGGAGUUUCCGAAGGCAAGGCCCACAAGCGACCCUGCGAGCACCAGCCAAUGCGCACCAGCAGACCCACUCUCCAUGACCACACCUAGAUGCCCAAAGUGCAGUGGAGACAUGGUGAAAAGAAUCAAUCGCCAGAACCAGUCAGAGUUUUGGGGUUGUGCCAAUUUCAAGGCUGGAUGUCGAGGAGCCAUAAAUAUUCCAAGCUCAAUCUCAGCUCAAGAUCAGCCAUUGUUCCCUGCCGCAGUUGUGACACGCCCUGCUCCAACUGUGUGCGAGGAGCAACAGGUGGGCACAGAGCCACCCACAUGCCCAAGGCUACAUUGUGGCCAGCGCAUGGUGUGCAGAACCAACAGCACCAGCGGACAACCCUUCUGGGGCUGCAGCAGGUAUCCAACUUGCAAAGGCACGAAGAACAUCGGUGCCUAGAUCCAAGGUGUUGUACUGGAUGGUUUGCAUUGGAGAAUUUGUCAUGGCUUUACAAACAGCGUCUUCUGAGCCGUGCUUUGUGAGAGCUGAUCAUGUUCCCUGCCUUGGCUUUUGAACGCUUAUUGCUUAUGAUUCAUGAUUGAUUUAUUUCAGAGAGCCACCCAGGCCUCACUCUGGUAGGUCAAUGUGCCGAAGGUUGACACUUGUGUCGCUUACAGCCUUCAAUGAUUUCUCUAAUGUUCCCGACUCGCGCUAGAUCGAGCCUGGCACGUGGCG